UUCAGGCUGCUGGUUUAAAUACCAUUAAAAACACGUUGUCAGUUGAUAAAAUGGCGAGUUAGCGUGUUGACAUUUAUUUAAAGAUCGUUUUUAAAGCGAGUGUAGGAAGAUUAUUUUACUUUAAUAAACCUUGACCAACGAUCGAUUCCUGUGUUCGGUAUCUUUCUAAUUCACGUGUCAUGAAUAAUCUCGAUUCAAUGAUCGAACCCGUUCCAAAUAUAUCUACGGUUGUGGACGAAGAUCGCGAUUUCAUUGCAAGUGAUAAAUCUACCCAGGAACUUUGCGAUAAAACAGAAUGUCUGAAACUUAUCGACGAGUUUCACAAACUGUACGAGGAUCGUAUCAAGCUUGUUGAUCGAGUAUGCUUUACUGAACUGGAUCAAGUCUCUAUGAAAUUAGAAAUAUCAAAAGAAUGGAUCAAGAAUUUAAGAGAACAAAACAUUUCGUUGGUACAGACAGUAGAAGAACUGGAGGAAACUGUGUGUAGUAAAGCAAAAAUAUUAGAACAGCAAUUGAAACAGACAUCUGUGUUAGCAUCCAAAAAGAAAACAGAAUCCAUUUUCACGGAGAAGACUAUAAAUGAACUUUCGAGUCGUGUCAGUAAUUUAGAGAAACACGAGGAAUAUAUGCAACAAAAAGUAGAGUUUCUUCAAAGCGAUAUUAGAAGUUUACUAGAAUUUAUACGACGUGCAGCACAGGAAAAGCGUUGGAAUUUAGAUGGGAUAACAUUCUUUGAAAUUCAACCUAGCGAUAUACCCGUUCCUAUCGAUUGUAGCUGUGACCAGGAAGAGACAAAUCAUGAAAGUAUACAGACCUUAAAAUUGCAAAUUGAACGCUUUCAGGAGAAUGAAAAAAAAAUGAUUGCAUACCAAACCGAGCUGGAAGAUAAAGUAACUCGUAUCAACGAGAAACUAGAAAUUAAGGAAGAUACUAUUAAAAAACAUUGUACACAAUUUCAAAACCUUAGUGAUAAUCUUAAAAAACGUGCGAAGUUUACAAAUCAAGUUUCGUGCAAUUCGGUUGAUGAAACACGUGCUGUAGAGAAUGUUUUUGUCGGUACAAAUACAUGUCAAGAGAAUGAAGUGAUAUCAUACUUGACUAAAGUGAAAUCAUGGAUGGAACAAGAGAAAGAGGAUCUACUUAAAUUAAAAGCAGACUUAGAGAACACUUUAAAUAAAUUAUACUUUGAGAAAGAUCAAGAAUGUUGUGAAACUAUAAAUGAAUUCGAUGAGAACAGUCUUUAUGAACUAACUAAAAAUAUCGACUGUGUAAAAAAAAUGUGUUCAAAAAAGGAGGAGUUAAUCGCAAAUAUUAAUUCUAGUAUAUUAUGUACAGACGUUAACCAGCAAUUUAAAUUAAUGGAUAUAUUUAGAGCGUGUGCUAUCGAGGCACAGGUCACUACAGAAGACCUCAAAGAAGAAAUUGGAAUCAUUGUUUCUACCUUUAAGUCCAGACAUCAAAAGUAUACCGAUUUAAAUAAGGAGAUCAUGAAUGUACAAAAUCAAUUAAUAAGAAGUCGAGAAAGAACAAUGGAAGCAAUUAAUAAAUUGGAGUUAAAAGAAGAAGAAAGUAAAAGACAUAAUGAGAGAAUUAAUUCAGGAAACAUCAAGCUGAAAGAUAUUAAAGAUAAAAUGAAUCAUGCUCAGUCUAAAAUGUCAGUUCAAAUUACCGAAAUGCAAUCUAAUUUAGAGGAAAAAGUUUUUUCGAAUUAUACGGAAAUGUGUAUGUGUAACGAUUUAUUACAUUCAGCUAUCGAGGAAAUAGAACAAUCGUCGAAUAGUCUACAAGUGUUUCAAGGAUGCUGCAUUGCCACGGACGUGGAAGAAUUAAAGAGUCAACUUUGCGAAAUGGACUUAUCUAUAAAAAAAUUACAACAAAGGAUACAUGAUGCGCUGUUAGAACACGAUGUAGUAGAAAGUACACUAUCUCAAAAGGAGAAAAAGUUAGUAAAGCUAGAAAAAGAAGUCGACGCGAUUCACUCGAAAAUACAACACAUAUUGGACAAAUUUAUUUUCUCAAAGGAUCAAGUGUGUGAUAGUAAUGUCGCAGAGUCUCAACAAUAUACUCAGACUUUGAAUGAAAUACUGCAAAUCAAACAAGAUUUACACAGAUUAAGAAAGGAACACGAUGAGUUGAAGUGCAAACUGGUACAAAAAUCACGUUACACAGAAUGCGACGAAAAUACAUGUUUAUGGAAAUGUAGAAUGACCGAUUUACAAGAUCAAAUUAAAAUAAUGCAACACGAGGCAAAAUGUAAUCAAGAAACAAACAAUUUCCUAAAAAAAAACAUUGAAUCGAUAGAAGAAGAACUUCGUAUCGUGCAAGCGAAAGCACACAAAUUUAAACGAUCGUAUUCCAUAGAUAACAUAGAAUUGCAGAAAAAAUUGAUAAAAUUAGAAAAUGCUCUCAAAUUGCAAGAAGAAAUUGAAUGUAGUCUUCGACAGCAAUUAAAUGAUAACGAAGUAGAACUGAAAAAAUCUAAAGAAGUGCUGAAUUCUUUUUAUGCUGAAAAUAAUGUCGAAGAAACACUUUUGCACUGUGGAUGUAACCAGUUUAAACACGAUGCAAUGGUAGUCCCUCAACUAUUAAAAACGUUACAAGACACUAUGAAGUCAACAAAAUGUGGUCUUCAGGAGCUUAAAAAAGAGUUUAAAAAAUUGAUUUGCGAAGAUCAAUCUAACUUGUGUUCCUCCGCAAGAUCAGUAAUGAAUCUGAUGGACAAAUUGCAAAAAUACGAAGAUGAAUUAGAUCAUUGUUCCCAAGAAACCGAAAAGCUUAAACAUGUUUUAUCUAAGAAAGAUAAACUCUUGGAGGAUAUGAAUAAAAUUAUUAAAAUUCAAAAGGACUCGAUUUUUAUGACGCAAGCUGAAUUAAAGGAGCUUCAUCAGAAUUUGCAGAAAAAGAUUGAUAAUAAGGAUCAAGUAAUCUCAAACAAUGAAAAAGAAAAGCAAGAAUUAUUAAAACAGAAUCAACUUCAAAUUCAAACUAUCUGGCAUUUACAAAAUGCUGUCGUAGAAGCUAAAAGAUGUAUAGAUCAAAUGGGGCAUGGAACUAUGAGUGACCUUCAAGAAAAGUGUAAAAUUAUUCGUUUAUUGACAGUGUACGCGGAAGAAACUCAAAGUCAGUACAAUGAAUGCUUUGCAGAGGCUGCUAAACAAGACAAAUUAUUGGAGCUACAACGAGAGGUGAUUUGUCAUCUUCAACAAAGAAUGUCUUAUCUGGAAUAUGAUAAUUAUUCAACUAUUACUUCUAUUCAUGAUAUGCAUUACUCUAUUCUAAGAAUAAUAAAGGAACAACUAGAAGCCCAUGUAAAUGAUAUACAAACUUUAAAAUACAAGAUAGAUACUCUGAUACAGUUAAAAUGUUGCUCCGAAAAUAAAUUCAAAAAUAUGAAGAAGUUAUGGCAAGAAACAGAAGGAAAAUUACAGGAACUAAAAAAUUCAGCAUUUAAAUCUCAACAAACGACGAAGACUUACGAAGACAAAGAGUGCCAAUGCAAAGUAGAAGUUGUGGAUAAUGAUUGUGUCACCGAAGAUAGAGUUAAUUUUAACGAGUUAACGUGUAACAAUACAAAACAAUGUAAGGACUUCUUGCGUGAACACGAGUUACAGUCUGAAAUCGACACUUUAUCAAGAGAGAACGAUGAUAUGAAGAAACAACUACAAAAAUGCAAAUUGGACUUUGACAUAAUCGAUAAAGAACUGAAAUUAGAAAGAGAAAAUGGUACUUAUACUCAGCAGGUUUCGUUUGAAUUAAAAAAAAAAAGAGACACCGAGUGUUGUCUACGUUACGAAAAUGAGCAACUCAGGUCUGAUCUAAAGAAGCAAGCAAAGAAGAUAGAAAAGUUACAGCUCGUUAAAGAAAACAAUGUGAAAUUUGAAAAAUUAGUCAAGAAAUUGGAAGACAAACAGAUGCAGAUUAAUAGUUUGUGCAAUCAAGUUACGAAUAAUGAGAUUGUUAUGAAAAAGCACGUCGAGACUAUCGAGGAACUUGAGAAAAAAUUGGAUAUAAAGAAUGAGGAAAUCAAAGAGUAUUUAUCUGAAUUAAACGAUGCUGAAGAAGAGAUGUCAUCUUUGCACGACCGAAUACAAUCUUUGAAAAACUUGUUGACAAGAAAAUCAAACGAAAUGUCUAAGUUACAAGCAGAUUACGAAGUACUGAAAAAUGACAACUCUAUUCUAAGGAUGGAGAAUAACGCAUUUGAAAAUAAAUCAAAAGAAGAGUAUGGCCAACUGAAGAAUAUGUUGAAAGAUGUUCAAAUGCAAUUGUGCUACGCUGAAAACAACUAUCACAGGGUCACAGACGACUUUAAUAAAACGCAAGAGCAAUUGAUCGAAAUGACAAAACGCGAAGCUGAUUUACAAGAAUGCUUAACGAAUACAGAAAAAGAAUAUUGUUCAAAGCUAUUAAACAUAGAAAAGGAGAAAAUUAAACUUGCAGACUGCUUAGAUAGGCUCAGGGAUGAAUUAGAAGAGGUUGAAAAAAACUAUUUAUCGAAAAGUGGCCAGCAUUGCAAACUGCAAGACAUUUGCAAAUCUUAUGCAGACCAAUUAGACAUUUUAAAAGAACACAUUGAGAAAGAACAAGAGAAAAAUAAAAAGAUAGAAAUGUCAAAAUGCUGUAUAGUUCAGCAGCUCCAAGAAUGCAUGGAACAAAAUUGUAUUCUUAGCAAAGAAAAAGCUAUGGUAGAACAAAAUAAUUGUGACAUCAUUUCUGAGUUGCAAGAGACACAUAAAUCUUUAUUAGAAUUAAGAAAAGAAUGUCAUUUAAAAAAUAAGUCUCUGGCUUGUAUAUCGGCCGAAUUAACGGAAACAGCUAUGAGCAGAUCAGAACUUUGCAAUCAAUCGCAAUACGUUGUCUCUUGUAUUCGCGUUUGGAUGGAGGAGCAACGAGAAUAUGUGAAAAGUCUUAAUUCAAAAUUGAAGUCGUAUCAACAACAAUUACUGAAGCUUGGAUUUGAGAAAAAAGCUCUUUUAGAUGAAACAAGAAAGUUGAAACGUAUUAAUCAUUUACUGACACAAAGACUGAAAAGAAUUCACAAACAUGGUGGAAAGAAUAUUAAGAAUCUUUGUGUAGGAUGCCACAUGGUACCAUCGAUUGUAGCGCAAAAUACUGAUGUAUUAUUUCCCGUGAACACCAAAUAUUCGUCCUCUCAAAAGAAAUUGCGCAUUUCGACGCGUGGCAAUGCUUGGUGGUUUCCCAAAAUGAAGUAUUUGAUAAACGAACUACGAAAGAACAAUUUGGAAUACAAAGAAAAUUUUUCCGACGAAGGGAACACUAGCAGAACAUUAGAAGAAAAUCGUGACUGUGGCUAUCAGUCGUCUACUAGCAAAUGAAAACGUCGU